GGCGGGCAUAGAGCGCUUUGAACCAAUGGGAAGGCGGGUCUCAGUCUGUCGGUGUGCUGGGGGGGGGGGAACGGUCCUUACCUGGAGGAGCGCCCGCCAGCCAGCCGGGGCCCUGCUGCGGGACUCAGAUCCCUAAAUAAGUGCCUUGGACUGCAGAUUUCUCACAAUGACUAGUAGUGUGCCUUCUGAUGUGCUUGGUCGAAGAAUCCUUUGUGAUACAGAAUAUGCAACUGUGAGGUAUGCUGGUAGUGUUCCUCCCACAACAGGACUUUGGCUUGGAGUAGAAUGGGACAAUCCUCAAAGAGGAAAGCAUAAUGGCAGUCAUGAAGGAAUACAGUAUUUUAAAUGCAGUCACCCGACAGGAGGAUCCUUUAUCCGUCCAAACAAGGCAAAUUUUGGUGUGGAUUUUCUUACUGCAGUAAAGAACCGCUAUGGAUUGAAUGAUGAGCAAGAUGUUGAGUGUGAGAAAGAGAAUGCUUUAGUCAUUGGAAAGAAGACUGUGGAACUUGUUGGUUUUGACUCUGUUAUAGAACAACAAAGUCAGCUGAACAAAUUGGUAGACAUCUCAGUGAGCGAAUGUGCAGUGAGCCAUGCUGGUCAGAAAGAGGAAAUCAGCAGAACGUGUCCUAAUAUCAGGAGUAUAAAUCUAUCAAAAAAUCUGUUGCCAUCCUGGGAGAAAGUAACAGAUAUUGCUUGUCAAGUUCAGAAUCUGGAAAGUCUUGAUCUCAGUCAAAACAAGAUGAAAUUUCCAUCUGCUUCUAUAAUCUGUACACUUAGUAAAUUGAGGGUUCUGGCACUUAAUCGAACUGGAGUAACAUGGGCAGAGGUUCUUCUGUGUGCUCCAGGGUGGCCAGCACUUGAAGAAUUGUACCUUGCUUCCAAUGAUAUUCCAGUUUUAGAAAGACCCAUUAACGUUCUGCAGACCUUGAAAUUAUUAGACCUUUCAAACAACCAAUUAAUUGAUGGAAGUCAACUGCAGCUAAUAGCAUAUCUUCCCAGAUUAGAACAACUAAUUCUUUCAAACACUGGAAUUUCUUCUAUACACUUUCCUGAUGUUGGAUUUGGAUACAAGACUAAAAUGUUUCCAUUAUUACAACGUCUUGCAGUAGAUGACAAUAAAAUAUUGCAAUGGUCGUUUAUCAAUGAGCUUGAUAAACUACAACGUUUGCAGUCACUGCACUGUCAGAAUAACCCUUUGAUGGGCACAGAGAAGAACCCAGAGACAGUGAGACAGCUUAUCAUUGCCAAAAUAGGCCAAUUAAAGGUUCUGAACAAAUCUGAGAUCUUUCCUGAUGAAAGAAAGGGAGCAGAGCUUGACUAUCGCAAAAUGUUUGGCAAUGACUGGAUAACGGCUGGUGGAAAUCAGAAUCCAGAUAAAGACAGACCAAAUAGGAAUUUCUUGCCUGCUCAUCCUAGGUAUCAGUUACUCUGCCUUAAAUAUGGUGCUCCUGAAGAAGGUGAAUUCGAAACUGAGAACAGCCUUUUCAUUCUGAAAAAUCAGCUGCUAACUUUGACAAUUAAAUGUCCAGACAAACCUGAUCAGAAACCCCUAGAGAAGAAACUACCAGAUUCUAUGACUAUUCAGAAGGUCAAAGGCUUGCUGUAUCGUCUACUUAAAAUUCCUGGUUCAGAACUGAAACUGUCCUAUGAAAGUUCUAAAAUGGAAGGCAAAGAAAUUGAACUAGAAAAUGACCUAAAGCCCUUGCAGUUUUACUCUAUAGAAAAUGGAGACUCUAUAUUAGUACGGUGGUAACUUUUUUUUAAAUGCAACUUCAGAAGAGGAGUCCACAGGCUACACCAUGAGAGCAUCUGCAAUUUGUGCCACUCUUCUUGCACAUAUUUAAUGUGGAUUUCAUAGCCUGCUGUCCCAGUUUAUUUGAAAUGAUGCUUCAACUCCUGCAUGUAUAUUUUCAAUAAAAAAAAUUGGUGCAUAAUUGCAGGGGUUCUUUUAAAUUCCCAGAUUAAAUGGAUUAUUAGCAUGGUUUUGUGCAGUGAAUUUCUAUAGAAGAAUCACUUUUACUCAGAACAUGUGACUUUUACAAAUUUUGAUUACAAGGACAAUUGCUGUUGCACUAGGUAAGGGCACUUAAACUCUGCUUUAAGGAAGAGAGGAAAAAGUAUUCCGGGGGGGGGGGGGAGAGAGAGUUUUUGUAACACCACUCACUAUAGCGAGGUACCUAGAAAGGAGUGUGGAAAGUUUAGAUCUGUAUUCUGAUCUUGUUGCUAUAUCCUAUUUACACAUCUAUAGGGAAAAAAGAUCACCAUUAAGAUUAAGCUGUUGAAUUGGAGGAUUUAUUCAAAAUAACUUGUCAGCAUACUGUGGAGCUAUGCAGUUUGUAUGUUGCUCAAACUUUUUAUCUAGAUAGUUAUAACCAGAUUCAAAGGAAUUUGCAUCUUUCUGAUAUUGGUUGUAAUUCAAGUUUUGGUAUAAGCAAAGUUUGAUAUCUUGCAUCAUAAUCUCAUCCAAAUCACUAAGACGUAUACACAACCUCAAUAUAAAUCCUAGAAGAUAACUAUCCUAGCCCCAUAUGAGCAAGUACCCUUUACCAUCCUUAUUCCCUCCCCCACCCCCAGUUCGCAGAUUACAUUAAUCCUGUAAUUAGAUAUGCUGGCAUGGAACCUUGCACCUGCUGACUCUCAUGGAUACCAGUGGUUCUGCACCUCUCAUCAUCCCAAUAGAAAUCUAGAGCUUUAUGUGCACAUUUAGUCCUUUUAAGAUAAUUUCCUUUUUUUACAAAGUCAAACUUUGUUUGUCAAAUUAACACCUCACCUAGAGAAAUGCUUCUCUGGACAGUAUCAGUCAAUUUUUAUCAAAAAGGAUGGGCAAAUAUUAAUUACAUUAUAGGUAAAAUUUCCACUAUUAAACACCACCUUAGCAGUCCUGAUUGUAUAUCUUCACAUGUCUUUAUCAUCUUUCCUCACAUCUACAAGGAUCUCCAUGUAAUUCCUUCACUUUCCAGAGCUCUGUUAGUUCCUGGGGAGAAUACUGAGGGGAAGACAGCAUUCCCUUUUCACACGUCUUCUCACACAACCAGAGGCUGUCCUGUUUAAAGAGACAAUGAUUUCAGUGGGAUUUUUUGGAAGGGGACAGUAUUUUACAUUCACUAAAUCUCACACAAUCAGAAAUCAAUAUUUCAUGGUGUGGGACACUUGUUAAUAAUAUGCCAGUAAUUAACAGAACAUAGAGGCAGUGUGAAUAUAAAUAAAACUCUGCAAGGCUCUUAUGCUAAUCUGAGAACAGACACUAAGGUCAAGUAUCAGCCACCCCUGACUGAUAGGUGCUAGAAAUUUUCCUGUGGAUCAAAUAAUGGUUUCAAUAUGUAUGUGGGGAUGGGUGCGCUUACAUAUUACCGCUGAGUGUCUGGUUAACCAGUCAGCCUUGAGUACAAACUCUUGCACAAAUUAUUGUUAAUAGGAGUGCUGAUGGAAACUGGAAAGACAAGUGCCCCAAACAAUGUAUUCGUAUAACCCCUCCACCUGAGGUUAGUUUGAUAUAUGCAAGAUAGCUACAUCUCAAAUUAACUUUUCAGUUUCUGCUAUUUGUUGUUUAAUUAAAAAAAGUCACCCAGUAAUAAUCUGUUAAAGAUUUUAUUCUAUAUGCACCAAGAAAGAAUUAUUUUUUAAUUUGCUGGGAGAAGGUGUGAUGGAAAUGUUUGUAUAUUGAACUGCACAUAUGGAU